AUGCGGAGUAGCGAUACCGAGCCGCCUGACUUCAGUAUAUGGGUGGAUGGUAUCCAACCGCAAACCGGCAGUGUGAUUCCGCCACGUCCGAAGAUCUCUAUUGUGUUACAAGAUACAAAUGGUAUUGAUACUGAGUUCCUCACAAUCGCAAGACAAAAGGACGGCGGUCCGCUUGAGCUGAUUACUGACUAUGAACUCCGCACGCAGGGUGGCUAUCAGACGGUGCCGAUUGAUUACCAACCGAUCCUCUUUCCCGGCGAGUACAUCUUCAAUAUCACAGCACAGGAUUUCAAUGGAAACGCCAUCGGUGGCGACGAGGGGGUUGUCGUCUACAGGUUUUUUGUCACUGAAACCCCAGAUCUCGUUCCACCUACUAUUGACAUCCGGGUUACGACUCCGGGUACGGGUUCGGCGCGCGAACCCCUUGAUGAACCUUUGAUAGAUGGGACAGUACUUACGGAGCAAUCUCGCUUCAAGAUAACCCUUACCGAUGAUAGCGCGCUUGAUGAAAGCGCUUUUCUUCUCAAUUUCGGUAGUGUAUAUGAGACGCUUGAACCGCUGGACGCGAGCGAUUACGCUGAAACCUUCGAUCCUGCUGCUCCCGCAAAUGCCGAUAUCACUUAUGCCCCAAAUCUUCCUAAUGGUGAGUAUCAACUCCAUAUUAUCGCUGCGGAUACCAGUGAAAACACGGCAGAACUUGUUACUACCUUCACCUUAAAUGAGGAAGUCACGCUCAGCGAGGUUUUCAACGUUCCGAAUCCCACGGUUGAUGGGAAGACCUUUUUCACCUAUCACCUCGCACAGGCACCUGAUACCGUUACAAUCAAAAUUUACAGCGUCAACGGUAGACUUCUCCGUACGCUUGUCGAUGCCAGCGCAAAGCGAGGCACCAAUGAGACCCGUUGGGAUGGGAGAGAUGAGACAGGAAUGCGAUGUGCCAAUGGUGUGUAUCUGUAUCGCGUCAUCGCCCGCACAGAAGAUGGAAGCCGAGUCGAACAGAUCGGAAAACUCGCCAUUCUGCGCUGA